AUGAAUUACAUUAUAGGAAUGUCUGUCACAUAGAAACAUUAAAUUUCUAUAAAAGAAAAUCUGGCUUAUGCAGCAGGGUCUAUAGUUGUAUAUUACUCAUACAAGGAAAAUUAAUAAGAGAAAUAUUUGAUUGGGAAAGCAUAAGUACAUGCCAUACUUAUAUCAAGAGAUGGUACGCAUGUGUUUACUGGAGAGCAAGCUACUAAGAAUCCUGCAGUUAACAUAUUUAAGCUUACUGAAGAUCGCGAGAUAAAUGUUAGCUAGUAAUUAAAGGGACAUAAAUUUGGAAUCACUUAGAUUGUUGAAUCACCAGCUAAACCAUAUUUAGUGUCUUUGGGAUCUGAACCUGAUAAAGGGUUGUUUGUAUGGGAUUGGAUUCAGGGCACUAAAUUAACUGUGAAUAAAUUAUCGAAACCUGUUAAUACAAUUCGAUUCAAUGAUAAUGGAAGACUUUUAAUAAGUGCUGGAUAAGGGCAUUUAAAAUAUUGGUAAUUUAAAGAUGAUGGAAGUGUAAUUGCAUAUGACAAUAUGAUGGAUCCAAAACCUUUUUUGUUGAAUGGGCAAUUCAUGCAUAAAAACUUUAUUGAUAUUCAUGUUACUCAAUAUUAAGUUUUUGCAUUAACAUUUGAUUCUUUAAUAACUGUAUUUUCUUUGCAAACAAAACAAUUCGAAAAAUGGAUGGAUCUCAAGGCUGCUAAUUCUUAUUCAUUAACUAGUCAUUUAAAUUAUCUAAUUACAGGUUGUUCUGAUGCCAUAAUAAGAAUAUUCAAUAUGAACAUGCAACACAUUGUAACACUCUCAAAACCUCCCAAUCUAGGAAAUUACAAUAUUGAAAAAGGAGUCACCAAACUCAAAGUCUAAGGUGAUCAAUUUGCCGAUUGUAUGGCAGUUCAAAUCUAUUAGAAUCAUUUAGUUGCUGCUUAUAGUGAUAGAACAAUGUUCAUAUGGGAUAUUGGUAAUUUUGAAAAGAUUGUUGUAAAACGUUCAUUUCUCAAUCACAGUUCCAGCAUUAAUGAUCUUUAAAUAAUGACUUAAUAAUCAUCAAUCGAAGCCACAUUCUUUGUUACAGCCUCCUCUGAUCAAACUUUAAGAGUGUGGCAUAUUUAUGACUAACAGCCUUUAGGAUUGAGGAGAAAUGCUUACUGUAAAUAUCUCUCCAAAAUUAUCUAUAUUGGUGAUUAAUAUCAACACUUCAAAGCCAAUCAAUAAGCAUAACUUCAAAUUAGAUGUGUAAGAGUUUCGAAAGAUGGUAAUUAUCUUGCAUGUGGAGAUUCAGCCGGAAUUCUGAGAAUAUUCUCUACUUAAACAUUCACAUUGUAUAAGCAAAUCCAAGCUCAUGAUCAAGAUAUUAUGACUCUGGAUUUCUCAGAAUACAUAGAUUUACUCGCCACUGGAUCCAGAGAUCGCAUAAUAAAUGUCUAUGAUGAUCAAUUCCAAAAAAUAGGUUCUUUAGAAGAACAUACUAGCUCAGUUACUUGUGUUAAAUUCAGCAAGAAUAAACUCAUAAGUUGUGGAUUAGAUAAAGCCAUUAUCUUUAGAGAAUUCAAUGGAUAGAAAUUUAAAAUAUAUCAUCAAGAGUAAAUUUCAAAAAUAUACUCAAUGGAUGUUAGUUUCAACAAUUUAUUUAUUUGUUUGGAGAAAAAAAUAUCAAUCUAUGAUAUUCCUACUGGUAAAUUGAAGUAGUCUUUUGAAACAGAUGCAAAUUCGAAAAUUCUACUCUACAGUAAGGAUGAUCAGAACUGUCUUUAAAUUGCUACAUAUUCUGAUAAAAACAUCAAAAUUUAUAAUAACAAAUUUGAGUUAAUCUAAAGAUUUCAGCAUGAUCAACUCACUUCUAUGGGAUUUGCUAUGGAUAACAAGCAUUUCAUUACUGCUGGGCAUGAAGGUUGUAUUAUCAUUUGGAAAUUAAAUAAAAUAUUUAAGAAAAAAUAAUUGGGUUUAAUCGGAAAGAAGUUGAAGUAAGUCUUCGCUUAAUAAGAUCUUAAGAGUUCAAAAGAAUGGACUAUCAAUAGUUUGUGGAUUGAAGAUGAAUUGAGAGGCUUCCUUAACAAUAAUAAAUAACAAUAAUAAUAAUAAUAACAAUAACAAAGUUAGAAGUAAGAGGAGGAACAAGUAGAAUUGUUUAAAUUCGAAUCGGAUAAUGAUAUGGAUCCAAAAUCCUCUAAAUAAAUUGAAAAUGCUUUAUCUCCUUUGGGAAAUUCAUAAUUCAACUAUAAGGAUUAAAAAUUCGAUAAGGAUGAUAUCAAAACUAUUUAAAAUCAAUUGCAGAUUGUUUAGAAUAACCUUAACAAAGUCAAUGAAAAACAAUAAAAUAAAUACUAAAUUCACAAAAACUAAGAAACCAUUUAAGAAGCUAAUCAACUUGAAGAACAGAGUUAACUAAAUUUCUUUUAUGAGAAAUCACAAUACUAAUAAUCCUCACGAAGUCAAAGUGUGGACAGUUAAGUAUAAAGAAAGAGAACUAGAGAAGAAAUCAAAUAGGAUAAAUUGAAAUAACUUAAUAGAAAACAUGAUGCUUUAUAACAAAAUUUGGUUACCCAAGAAAGUUAAGUUGAUCAAACUUAAAGAGAUACAACAUAGUUAGAAACAAAGAGAAUGGAUUAGGAUACUUAAAUAAAUAGCAGUUAAUUGCAUUCCAAUAUUAAUUCUUAUGCCGAUUAUCAACUACCACAAAAUAAAUAAUCUAUACCAACUGAAUCUAGUUUAUAUAUUAAUAAUGCUACCUAAACAUAAGAUCAUAUCAAAUAGAUGAUAGGUCCAAUUUCAAAGGAUUCUAUUAAUUUGAAUAGUUCUUAUGCUUACGAUUAGCACUAUCAUCAAUAAUCAGUUGAUCCAACCUAAUAAUAGAUCUUUUAAUAAACUAACUUGGCUAAACAUCAUAUUAGACAGAUUCAAGUAGAAUUACUUGAUUUAACAAACUUAUUAAAUUCGGUUAAAGAUUAAUAGAUUAAAGAUAAUGUUUUAAGGGAAAUAGAUGAUGACUUGAAUAAUUUAUAAAAGUCUAUAUAAUUAAUCAGAAAAUAGGAAUAGCCAGAACAAUAGACAAAUCGAAUGAUGGAGCAAUCAUAGGCACAACUUAGCGAAGAAGAUAUAAAAAAAAUAGUGAUAAAUUGCAGCAAAGAAAUGUUUGAAAACUACUCAAAAGUCUUAUUAGAAUAAAUUAAAGGAAAGAAUGUAUGA